UGAUGUAUGGACAACCGUACCGGAUCUCCCUUUGGCUCCUGAUGCCGGAGUCUCCCGUCAACCAGAAUCUGGGAAUGUUCAUGGUGAAGAUGUCUUCCUACACAAAGUCGGGGGCUGUAAUCGCCACCAUCUCCAGAUCGGCAAUGUUACAUUACAAAUCGUGGCUGCUGCAAACGUUGGACACUCUGCUCUAUGCCCCCCUCUUCAUUACCGGGCUGGUGGAGCAGACACAGGUCGUGGAGGUCGAGCUCUACUCUGACUACAAAGAGGACUCGUACACUCCAACGGUCGGGGCGGUGAUCGAGGUCCAGAGUAAACACAUCGAGAUCUACAAGGCGCAGCUACUGAUCCGCGCGUACUUCACAGGGAUCAGGUACCUCCUGUACGCCUUCCCAGUGAUGUCGGCCGUCAUCGGCGUGUCCACCAACUUCACCUUCCUCUGUGUCCUCGUUCUAGCCAGCUACCUGCACGUGGUGUGGGGCGGGCUCUGGCCCCGGGACAGGGCGAGAGGUCAGGCCGAGAGCCUCCAGAGUACGCUCCCUCCCCAGCAGCGCACAGCAGCUGGCCGAUCCCUUUCGCUGCCACAUCAGUUAAUGCACAGCAGUGCCAACUUGUCGCACAACACGACGCCCUCGUUCAUGCACCACAGGACCACCGGCGCCGCGAGACACACGCCCACGAUGACGCCCAGGAUGUCCCUGCAAGAUCAAGACCACCGCACCGCUGAUGCCUCUGGUUUAUCCUGGUACUCGGCUGGAAUAGAGUCACGCAGUCUCACGAUACCUGAACACCCUCCAGGAGCUUCGCCGAUGAAUAACUUUGCAGCAAAUCAGAGCGACUCAAGAAUGCCUCAACCUAUGUCACACGACACCUCGACAGGCAGCCCUGGAGGAAACGAGAGCAACUUAAUAUCGACUCAAUAUAAUAGUAACGACAGCACUGAAGCAAACGGGAGCAGCUUGAGAAUAUCUCAACACAGCUUAAACGAACUGCCAUUGGAAACGGUUGGCGUGACGGAGCAGCCACCUCCAGCCGAAACAGAGGCCGACUCCUCCAAGUACCAGAGUGGAAGGCAGGACAGCAUCGUUGCAGACACAGCGGUUGAUUUUCCAGCAGAGGAGGAGAGCCCUCCCUCAAACGUCAGCAGACAUUCGUCAGGCGAGAUGGAGGCCACACAGCAACCCCUCCCAUUCCCGUAGUGCCGGAGGCUGGGUGGGAACUUCCGACAAAGAAAUGCAGGGAUUGU